CUUUGGGUCGUCGACCAACCAACAAAAAAACACCGACAACACAACACAACAUCGGGUUCUAGGUUCCAAGAUCCAAGAUCCAAGAUCCAAGAUCCAAGAUCCAAGAUCCAACGCGCUGCCACGCUAGAAAGGCAGGCCAAGAGCCGGAGCCGUGAUCCCGCCUCAUCGUGCAUCUCCGGUGUUGUCACGGGCUCAACUUGUUCCCUUCAUUCAUUCAUGUCCCAUUGAGAAGAAUUCACGAAUCAUGUUACGGUGGAUGCGGGCUCACCCCUUGAGACUGGCCGCCGCCCAGCCGUGCUGGCUGGUAUUCGCGCCCGGUAAAUCGGUGGGGUGCCCUCGCUCCAUCAGUGGCCUCGUGGCGCGCCGUCCCCGCCCGUCUGGGUCCAAGCGGUCCAAGCCCACCGCCGGCCUGGCGCUGGUUACCACCCCUCAGCGUGGCAUUCAAUUAGGCUGGUUGUUGGGACCGCCUCCGGCCCGCGGGACGAAAGCCUACUAUCAACGCUAUGCCUUCUGCUUAGGCGGGCUCCUGAUUGCAAUCUUGGCCUCGUGUUGGUAUGAGGAGAUGUUGCAAUGGCAAAUUUGGGAUGCCGAAGGUGACUACCGACCUUUCAUCCAAAUCCUGGACCGGGAAGAAGUCGAGAUUCAAAAGGCCUUGAAAGCGGCUAAAAUUCAAUUGGUCUGCUCAGCCGAAUCCUCCCCUCGCCCUCCCUCAUCAUGAUUCGCUCUCGUCGGCAAUCUUUAGCCAAAAGUCUAGGCCUGGCUUUGGCGCUCGCUUUUUGGUGCGAAUAUUUAGUCUAUCCUGUAGUGCUCUUUCAAUGCGGCUAUCCGUCCGCUGACCCUGACCCCAAGGCGUCCGCUCCCAUCCGGACACUGAUCUUGGCCGACACGCAUCUCUUAGGUUCGCGAAACGGACAUUGGUUCGACAAACUGCGCCGUGAGUGGCAAAUGCAUCGGGCCUUCACCACGGCUUACGCCUGGUUCCGCCCUGAGUUGGUCAUCUUUUUGGGCGAUCUUUUCGACGAAGGUAAAUGGUGUGCCCCGGACGAAUUUGAAUACUAUGUGCGACGAUUCCAAGAGCUUUUUCCCAUGGAUCCGAAGCAGACACUCGCGGCUGUUGUGGCCGGUAAUCACGACAUUGGCUUCCAUUAUUCCGUUACUCCUUAUCUGAAUAAUCGAUUUGAACGGGCUUUCGAGAUGUCGUCAGUCGAUCGAUUCAGUCUGAAAGGCGUCCAUUUCGUGUCCGUGAAUAGCAUGGCCAUGGAGGGCGACGAUUGUUUUCUGUGCUCUAAGGCGCGAGACGAGUUGACCAAGAUAUCCGGUCAGCUGCAGUGCUUGGCCCGGGGCAAUGAUUGCGACAUUGAUUAUGACUUUGACGAUAAAACGCCUCAGUACAGUCGACCUGUGCUACUGCAACAUUUCCCAUUAUUUCGUGAAUCGGAUGCCGCGUGUAAUGAAGAAGACGCGGCACCGGCGAGUGAGAAAUACAAGCGUUUCCGAGAGAAAUGGGAUUGCUUGUCGCGCAAUGCCUCCCAAACCUUGCUGGACGUUCUUAAUCCGCGGCUAGUGUUGUCCGGUCACACCCAUCACGGAUGCCGAGUGAAACAUGAACGUGAUAUCUGGGAAUGGUCCGUGUCAUCGUUUAGUUGGCGCAAUCGAAACAAUCCGACGUUCCUCUUGGGCACCUUUUCAAAACAUGAGACGCUCUUGGCCAAGUGCUUUCUUCCCACGGAAAGCUUUGUGAUCAACUGCUAUUUGGGCGGAGCCGUUCUAAUAGUUGUACACUUUGUAUAUUCCAAUUAUCGAAUAACAAGAUAAAUGAACUACGAUAAAUUCGA